GUAUUCUCCCCUCCCUCUUUAUCUUUACUCCCACCCUCCUAGACUCGCUCACUCACCCCCUCCUCGACAUCCUAGUGCUCAUUUCAACCAUGGCGCAAAAAACCACCCACGGCCUUCUUCCUUUGCUUCCACCCCCGACAACCUCUCAGUCGCCAACUGCAGCGCCCGCUGCGUCACGAAGCUCACGUGCAUUUUCGAAAAUCAAGUUCGGACUCCUCGCGGGUGUUCUAGCGAUAUCUACGUUUUGGGCGUAUUCGUGCUCAGUAGGAGGAUGUAAUCAUGGGGAAGCACCCGUGUUCGGGGGUGACGAGUGGGAGGAUGACUACGCGGGAGUGAAUGAAGGGAUCUCAGGGAGGUUGGGGUAUACCCUCGUUAAAGAUAUCCCCGCCGAGAGUAUUCCUGGCCGUGGGAAGAGGGGAGUUAAGAAGGGAGAGGGAGAUGAUAAGAGGUUGAUUAUUGUUGGCGAUAUACACGGGAUGUUCGAUGAGUUCCAAAGUCUCCUUGACAAAGUUUCUUAUGAUUCUGAGUCGGACUACUUAGUCCUCGCCGGCGACAUCAUUUCCAAGGGGCCAGAUAGCCUCGCAGUUCUAGACUUCGCGAGAAAGAUUGGCGCGCAUUGCGUAAGGGGUAAUCAUGAGGACAGGAUUUUGCUACACUAUCAUGAUAUCCAGAGACGGAAGCGGAAGCAUCAUUUAGCUCUGAGCGUGGAGAGAAAAUUGGCAAAAUCUUUGUCCAAGAAGCAGGCUGAGUGGUUGGAUGCUUGCCCGCUUGUGGUUCGAGCUGAGAAGGUUCCUGGGCUUGGACAGUAUUAUAUUGUGCACGCUGGGUUGGUGCACGGUAUCGGGCUUAGGAGACAGGACCCCGUGGCGAUAAUGACCAUGAGAACCCUCAACCAUCAUCUCGUCCCAUCGCCAAAACAGAACGGAAUGCACUGGGCGAAGUACUGGAACAAAAUGGAGAGGAGAGAAACCCAUGGUCAUACCACCGUAGUCUACGGCCACUACGCAGCCGAAGGGCUUGACAUCCGCCGCUACACAAAAGGUCUCGACAGCGGUUGCAUUCGCGGCAGGAGACUGUCCGCAUACAUCCUCAAAGCGAAUAAAGGGGGAAGAGUAGAAGAGGAUAUUGUGAGCGUUAAGUGCAGAGAAUACCUCGACUAGAACUGUCCUGCUUGAUUAGAUUUGCCUUGCCUGUUGUAUAGAUAUGAUACCUUUUCCUUCUAUCCUUCCUUUAUUCUUCUUGAGUGUUUCAUAUAGUGGACUGGAGGUUAUAUCGUUUGGUUUCCCCACCGUUCUUGUUUCCCUCACUUUUCUAUUAUUAUGGACUGAUGGAUGUUGGCGUUCUUUUUUCCCCUCUUCAUUUUUGAUGCACGGUUCCGGGAUGGUUGGCUUGCUUUGGCAUUUUUUAGUUUUUCCCCUUAUUUAUUUGGGCCGGUUAGGUGCUCUCUUUUUCUGGGAGGAAGAGCGUAAUGUCUGGCGUGGUGCUGAUGCCGUAUUUCAUCGCCUAGCUGGGGAUACCAUUUACUGUUAGUAUCGCGAGCAUCGCGAUUUCGAAAGGGGGCGGGUGGUAGUCGCGACACUGAUGAAUUUCUUACAAUUAAACAUUGAUUCUUGUUUGGGCAUAAUUUUCAGUAUUUUCAUACUUGGUAUGAUACUUGGAGAUUUUUGUGGCCGAAUAUGAAAUGAUGGAGGGUU